CAAAAAGUCACAUUCCUUUCGCCCUUUCUUUCCAUUCCACCCUCUCUCUCUCUCUUCCUCCCUCGUCCGCCGAUGCAUACGUCGUCGUUUUAUGUUUCAUGGACACUCUCCCUUCUCUUUCUAACGGGCUCCCACGCCGCGGCCGCCGUGUCGCUGCUGCAUGCUCCGGCGACCACGCCGCUUGCCUCCGAUGCCGUGGCUAUUUUGGCAUUCAAGUCGAAAGCAGACUUGGAUGCUAAGCUGCCGUACACGCUCAAUGAGCGGUAUUGCCAGUGGCCGGGAGUGAAGUGCAGCCAAGGCCGGGUGGUGCGGUUCGUCGUCCAGGGGAUCGGCCUCCGAGGAGUCUUCGCACCGGACUCACUGAGUCGGAUCGACCAGCUCCGAGUUCUUAGUCUCAGGAACAACUCGCUAGCCGGUCCAGUUCCUGACCUCGUCGGGCUUUUCAACUUGAAGAGUCUGUUCCUCGACCACAACUUUUUCUCCGGUAGCUUCCCGAGCUCGCUUCUCUCUCUUCACCGUCUUCUCUUUCUCGAUCUCUCUCACAACAACCUCACCGGUUCAAUCCCGCCGGAAGUGACUGGCCUGGACCUGCUCAACUACCUCAGGCUCGAUGAGAACCGCUUCAAUGGCACGGUUCCGGCGUUGAAUCAGUCUUCGCUCAGAAUCUUCAAUGUGUCAAGUAAUAAUCUCACCGGUGCAAUUCCGGUCACUCCAACUCUCUCCCGAUUCGGCAUCUCAUCGUUCGCCGGAAACCCUAGCCUGUGCGGCGAGAUUAUAGACAAAGCAUGCCGCUCGGACGCUCCAUUUUUCCGUUCUCCCUCCGCCGCAGCAGCGUCCCCGCCGACGCCGCUCUUCCAGAGCGCACAGUCAGAAGGAGUUGUCUUAUCUCCGCCAUCGACGGCAACGAAGCACAAGCGAGUUGGCGUAGUUCUAGGCAGUGUUAUCGGAGCUCUAAUCCUAAUUGCUGCCAUUCUUUGUAUUUUUGCUUUAUUGAAGAGACACAGAGAAUAUAAAAGACACUCACAAUCAGCAAUAUUCAACUCCAAAGCCGAGGAUACAAGUGGAACAGACACUAUAAUUACAACGCAAAUUGUGAAUACUGAACAGGAGCCAAAACUGGAGACUAUCCAAGUUCGGCAAAGAGGUCAAAAAAGCGGGAAGUUGAUUUUCUGUCCUGGAGAAACUGAAAUGUACAGUCUGGAGCAGCUAAUGACGGCUUCGGCGGAGUUGCUUGGGCGGGGCACGAUUGGAACUACCUACAAGGCAGUGAUGGAGAAUCGGCUAGUAGUGACAGUCAAGAGGCUCGACGCUGGCAAGACGGCCGUGACAAGCGGCGAGGUGUUCGAGCAGCACAUGGAAAUGGUGGGACGAUUGAGACACCCCAAUUUGGUUCCAGUCAGAGCUUAUUUUCAGGCGAAAGAAGAGAGACUCAUCAUCUAUGAUUACCAACCAAAUGGUAGUCUCUUCAAUCUCAUUCACGGUUCAAGAUCAACAAGGGCCAAGCCUCUGCAUUGGACUUCAUGCUUGAAGAUAGCAGAAGAUGUGGCUCAGGGCCUUGCCUACAUGCAUCAAGCGUCAAGGCUCAUCCAUGGCAACUUGAAAUCGUCCAACGUCCUCCUCGGCCCUGACUUCGAAGCCUGCCUCACAGACUAUUGCCUCGCCACCCUUGCAGACACUUCUUCCAGUGGCGAUCCUGAUUCUGAAGGCUACAAAGCCCCUGAAAUCCGCAAGUCUGGCCGGCGAGCCAGCCCCCGCUCAGACAUCUACGCAUUUGGCAUUCUCUUAUUAGAGCUUCUAACGGGUAAACCUCCAUCACAGCAUCCAUUCCUGGCACCACCUGAGAUGCCAGAUUGGGUAAGAGCAAUGAGGGAGGAUGAUUUCGAGGAGGAUAACUGGCUUCGACUGCUAGUUGAGGUAGCUAGCAUGUGUAGCUUGACAUCGCCGGAGCAGCGGCCAUUCAUGCGACAAGUGUUGGAGAUGAUACAGGAGAUAAAGGAGAGAAUUACAGUAGAAGAGGACACAAGAAACCGAUAUAAGUAGUACCUCAUAGGUUUUGGGGGCAUGUAUGGAGUAUACAUCCCGGAGAUUCUCAUGGAGAUGGAACUUCCAUACCCUUCAUGCUGAGAGAGGGGGAAACGAAGGAAAGAGCUUGAAUUUUUGCUUCUAUUGCUGGUGGUGGGUGGUGGGGGGCUUGUGGAUUUAAGGCGUAUACUUGUAUGGAUUUAUUUAUAUGGAUGAGCUCUGGAACUUCCCUUCUCUUCAAUGAGGUUGGAGUUCAAGUUCUUUGCUUGCCAUUGUAUGAUGGUGGAUGGUGGAGAGCUUAUGUUCUGGGAAGGUUUUUCAGAUAAGAUUUUAUUUAUAUUUUUUAAAAAUUAAAACACCGAUUGUGCAUUCACCAUUCAAAUAUAUGACAAAAUAAAGCCUGCAAGCAACCAAAACCAACCACUCCACUCACGAAAUACGUGGUCAGUUAACUUCGUUAUUAUUUUUUAAAAAUAUUAUUUAGACAUUUGUUUAUGAAUUUAUGUAAUAUUUAUAUAUUAAUAUAUAUUAAAUUUUAUAU